AUGUAAAUUGACGAAGUUGUAUGGCAGGUCAUAAAUAGAGGUCAUUGCUCAUUUAAGAUAAAGUAAGAAAAAAAGUAGUAUGAUUAGAACAAUCUCAUAGAAUUUCUGUAGAAAUGAAUAUAAUGUGACUGGGUUAUGUUCUAAAUAAUCCUGUCCAUUAGCAAAUUCAUAAUAUGCCACAAUUAAAGAAGAAAAGGGAUUAUGUUAUCUUUACGUAAAAACAGCAGAAAGAGCAUAAAAACCAAAAGAAUUGUGGGAGAAGAUACUAUUAUCGAAGAACUAUGAAUAAGUAAACUUAGAAAAUAUAUAAAUUAUAGGCAUUGGCAUAAAUAGAUGAAUAGUUGAAAUAUUGGAGCAAUUUCAUAAUUCACAAAAAUAAGCAAAGAUUGACCAAACUAAGACAGAUGUUGAUAAGAAUAAGGAAGAUGCGAUUGAAGGGAUUGUAUGAAACAAUAAUAUAUAAUAGCAAGGAAUUGAUUCCAAUUAAAAAGAAGGCAGAAAGAAGAGAUAAGAUAAGAGAAUAGAAAGCAUUGGUGGCUGCCAAUUUGGAGAAUGCCAUAGAAUAGGAAUUGAUAGACAGAUUGAAAAAUGGAGUAUACAAUGAGAUAAUGAAUUACAAUACUAAGGCUUUUGAGAAGGUCGUUGGUUAGAAUUAGGUGGAAGAUGAAGAAGAAGUAAAUACUAAUGAAUAAUUAUUUCUAUAGAGAGAACAAUAGGAAUAGGAAGAGGAGGAGGAAGAUUACUCAGAUGAGGAAUUGAUAUUUGAUCCAAAUGAUUUAGAGGAAGAUGAUGAAGAAGAUUAGGAGGAUGAUGAUGAAGAGGAUGAUAAAAGAUUGUUUUAGAAAUAAACAUUUAAUUAAUUAAGGAGAGAUGGUAAGUAUUAAUAAAAAUUGUAGAUGAUGAAGUGAAGGAUGUUAAGAAGAAGAAGCCAAGAGUAAAAUUGUAGUAUGAGGAGGAAGAAGAAGUGGAAGAUAGAAAGAAAUAAUAAAUUGCAUUUUGA